ACAGGAACGAGAGGAAGAGACUCCAGAAGAUUGUUUCUACUUCGUUGACUUUCAGAGGCACAAUGCGGAAAUAGCUGCCUUUCACCUCGACAGGAUCCUGGAUUUCCGACGGGUCCCGCCCACGAUUGGAAGGUUGAUCAACGUCACCAAGGAUAUCCUGGAGGUCACCAAGAAUGAAAUCCUACAGAGCGUCUUCUUCAUUUCACCCGCCAGCAAUGUGUGUUUCUUUGCGAAGUGCCCGUACAUGUGCAAGACGGAGUACGCCGUGUGUGGGAACCCUCACCUGCUGGAGGGAUCCCUCUCCGCUUUCCUGCCGUCCCUCAAUCUGGCCCCGAGACUCUCCAUCCCAAACCCCUGGAUCCGGUCCUACUCGUUUGCUGGAAAAGAGGAGUGGGAAGUGAAUCCACUUUACUGCAACACGGUGAGGGAGAUUUACCCCUACAACAGCGGCAACCGGCUGCUCAAUAUCAUCGACAUGGCCAUAUUUGACUUCCUGAUAGGGAACAUGGACCGUCAUCACUAUGAAAUGUUCACUAAGUUCGGGGAUGAAGGCUUCCUCAUUCAUCUGGACAAUGCCAGAGGCUUUGGAAGACAUUCCCAUGAUGAAACCUCCAUCCUGGCGCCGCUCUCCCAGUGCUGCAUAAUAAAGAGGACAACGUUAUUACACCUGCAGCUCCUGGCCCUGCCGGAGUACCGGCUCAGUGAUGUCAUGAGGGAAUCCCUCCUGCUGGAUCACCUUGCACCUGUCCUCACUGAACCUCACCUCUUAGCUUUGGACAGACGGUUGUGGCUCAUCCUGAAGACCGUGGGGAAAUGCAUAGAUGCACAUGGAGAAGACAAGGUUGUGGCCAAUGACACCAAGCAGGUGGAAAUGCCCUUUUUUGACAGAGUGACACCAACCAGCUAGAGCCUUAAAUUCUUUUGGGGGCAGGGAAGAGCCCCUGGGAGCCAGCAGGUGAACUUUAAUUGCUGAUAAUUUUCACCUACACCAGCCUGUUGGAUUGAGAGGGGAGGCUCUCUGGAAGGGCUCAGAUUCUUACUGGGCUUUUAUGGUGAUUGCCCCACUAAAGCUUCAGUGCAUGGGGUAAACUUUUGCCAUGUACAUUUGCAGGCCAGGGGCUGACCACUACACUCAUUCCAUGAGCUGCUGUCCUUCAGUGGAGCAGCCCAGACGCAUCUGCCCUGUAGCUGCAGGGCAUGCCGCUGGUAAGAGUCUGGGCAUUGGCUCGCUGUACCUGCCCAGGAGCUGCAUCCUGUCCUUGAGAUGCCCCAAAACUGGAUCCAAGAAUGAAGCUGGAAUAAAGCAAUGCUGAAAGGAAAAUGUGCUUAGGAGGGCCAGGUUCUGUGAGAGAGUUCAUGCCUUUGAGGCAAAGUGGCCUUCAUCGCGUCAUUUCCUGUAGAAUGCUAGGGCAGCAUCUGUCACUUUUAAGUCAAGAAGGCACAUGGGGCCAGCUCGGCACCACCUGUCUACUAUUCAUGCAAUCAGAAACACCUCCAUCAGCCUUGGGGAAAAUGACAAGCAGCUCCAGGUGAGUUGCGUGUCACAAGGCCCACUUCACAGAGCCAAAGAUUUGAGUUUUUCAGCUGGCAUUAUGGGGGUGGGGAGGAAGAGAAAUCAUGCUCUGGGUUGUAAAGGACAGGCCAUUUAGCAUUCAUGUUAUUUAGGCCGCUGCAGUGCAGUUCUGCAAAAGAUAAAGAGCUUGACAAAGAUGCAGCACUGUUAAAUCCACUCAGCCGAGAACUGGGCUGCUAAGCAAGGGGCUCUCUCUCAGGUUAACGUAGGCACAGAAUAACAGUGUUAAAAACCAACAUUUAUUUAAGCAGUUGUAAGGCAGUCCAUCAGAACACAGUGGAAGCUAGCAACAGAUUGAACUCUGCAGAGGUGCUAGAGAGAAUCAAAAAGUAUCGUAGGAACUGGAGACCAAAACAAAACAUGCCAGCUCCUCAAAAGGCCUGAGAUAAACUGUCCUCUUCCCCUUGCCUCCCUCGGGGGAGGCUUAAAAAUAGUUUGCUAAUUGAACCUUUACCAACUGGUUCCAUUUUUUAAGUUUUCAGAAUGAGAGAGCUGAGCUUUUUUAGUAGCCUAAUGAAAGCAGUUGAGAACUUGACAGUUAUUUUCCAAUGGAUUUGUGCCAAAUUAUCACCACCACUGUAUUCUGUGGUGUGCUUGAUAGAAUGUUUGACACCUGUCAGCUGAGAAUUUGACUCAGAUUGCAUUUGAUGCAUUAACCCUUUGCAAACAAGACACAUGGAUUUCAACUAGCGUUCUUAACCAGCUUUCAGCAAGCUGCCUCAACAUUAUAGUUUUGUUGCUAGCUGAAGUUUGCCAUUUUAAGCCAGUGUUUUCAGUAGUGAUAAUGGGUGCAAAAUGAAGAUUAACCUCAACUCUAGCUUAUCAAGUCUGUCCCCAUCCCGCCUACCCUCCCCAAGGGACUGUACUUUAAAUUUACCUAACUCCAGAAUUAUUUUUAAAUUGGCUAUAUGUCAACAUACUAUAACAGGUCCUCAGCAGACUGCAAUUAUCCUUUGGAGUAAUCGGAGUAGUGUUUUGGCAAAGCUAACAUCCUCUCAAUGAUUCUCUGGCAAUUAGCUAGUGGUAAAUCUUUGCUUCCCUACUCUGGGUUAGCAAGACCGAUCCCCAGUUGUUUUUCUGUUUGAGGAAGUUUGAUUUGUUUUGUCUUUUAUUAAAGAUUCCUCCAAUAUUUUAAUGUAAUAAAGAUAAGAAACCAAAGAA